UGGUUUUUGAUUUGUCUGAAUUUGGUAAUGCAGGGGGUCAUAUUAACCCAGCAGUGACAUUUGGGCUGUUCUUGGCACGCAAACUGUCUCUGACAAGAGCAAUAUUUUACAUAAUUAUGCAGUGCCUGGGAGCUAUAUGUGGGGCAGGUGUAGUUAAGGGCUUUCAGCCAAACGUGUACGAGAGAGUUGGUGGUGGUGCCAAUUCAGUCGGUGCAGGGUAUACCAGAAAGGCUGGCCUCGGAGCAGAGAUUAUUGGUACAUUUGUGCUUGUUUACACUGUUUUCUCUGCCACUGAUGCAAAGAGAAAUGCUAGAGACUCCCAUGUUCCAAUAUUGGCACCAUUGCCUAUUGGGUUUGCUGUCUUUUUGGUGCACUUGGCUACAAUUCCUGUUACAGGGACUGGUAUCAACCCUGCUAGAAGUCUUGGUGCAGCCAUUGUAUACAACAACGACUCAAUUUGGGAUGAACAUUGGAUUUUUUGGGUUGGGCCUUUCAUUGGAGCAGCACUUGCAGCUUUGUACCAUCAGGUAGUGAUCAGGGCCAUCCCCUUCUCGUCCAAGUGAUUCAACAGAGGGUAAAUUGAAGCAAUGCCUCAAAAAUAAAAGUAGUAAUUUCCAUGUAAAAUAUGUUCCUAUCACUUCUGCUAAUGAUUUAUUACUACUAUUGUUAAUGUAUGUUUUAUUUAUCUGUUUAAAUUUCCUGUAUUCGGAUACGCUAAAGAACUUGUUGAAACAGAGGUAAGCAUGGUUCAUUUCUCUCUA